GCCUCAGCAGCUGUUUGGCGGGUGUGUGAUGCUAGUGAAGCUAAUGUCGGUCCUGCGGACGCAGCAGAAGACGGCUAGCGGCGGCUAGCUAACAAAGAGGCCCGCGAAGCCUCGCCAGACACGGCGAGCAGAGGCGAACGGCGGCGUGGAGCUUUUUAAUGUGGAACUUUUUUAAAACGGGGCCUUCUCCGUGACACCGCCUGAGCCGAGUUUUGGAGUUUGUUCGCUGUUAGCGGCUCGAUGCUAACACUGCGGGGUUAGCUGGAAGCUAACGGAACCCGCCCACAAUCAGGCGAGUCCGGUCCGCUCUGGGCCACCAGAACCUUCUCCCAGUACUGACUGGAAGACCUGAGGACAAGCAUGCCGUCAGAGAUGUCCCCUGAGUCAGCUGGACAGAUGAGGAGAGGAGACAAGGUGCUGUCCCGAGAGGACUGCACCUGUCCCGUCUGUCUGGAGAUCUUUGUGGAACCUGUCACACUUCCCUGUAAACACACCUUCUGCAAGGAGUGUUUCCAGGAGUCGGUGGACAAAGCGGCGCUGUGCUGUCCCCUGUGCCGGAGGAGAGUGUCCACCUGGACUCGCCUGCACAGCCGCAACAACACGCUGAUCAACCAGCAGCUGUGGACGCAGAUUCAGACCUGUUUCCCUCAGCAGUGCGAGCGCCGCCUGGCUGGACAGGAGGCCGACAACACCGAGGAGCACACAGUGUUUAGUUUUCCCAGGGUGUGUCAACCUGGAGAGCUGCGACAAGAAUAUGAGGACCAGAUCAGCAAAAUGACGGAGGAGCGCCGGGCUCAGGAUGAGGAGCAGAAGAGAGCCAGUGAGGAGCUGAUCCAGAAGUUAAUGGAGGAGGAGCAGCUGCUGCUGCAGGAGGAGACCAGGAGGACCGAGGAGGACCAGCAGCUGGCCCGGCUGCUCAGCAGCCAGCUGAACAAUGCUCCUCCUCCAUCAGUGGGUGGCGCUCCUCCUCCUCCUCCUCCUCCACAGAAGAAGAAAGACGUGGUUGGACAUAUAGAGAAGUUCCUGAUUCCUCGUCAUCCCGCUCCGUCCAGCCUCCUGUCCAACAAGGAGAACCUCCUCCGGUCGGAGCCCCGCCCCCUGGACAGUCCCCGGAGGACAGCUGGAGUCCCCCUGAAGAGGAGGAGCUCCGACAUGGAGGAGGACGAAGAGCAGGAGUACUUCCCAGAGUACCUUCACUUCCCAACGCCCCCCUCCUCCUUCUCCUCCCUGGAGGAGGAGCAGGGCCGCUGGCAGCAGGAGCAGGAGGACCGGCGCCUGGCGCUGCUCCUGCAGAAGGAGCUGAACCAGGAGGAGCAGCGGAAAUUAACCGAUCGACGGAAAGGGACGCCGUCCGCCUACCUGCUGAGGAAAGGAGGGGCGGAGAAGACCAGGAGGAGGAGCAGCACCACCUCCUCCCCCUCCUCUACAAAGACUAGCAGCACCUCCUCCUCCCCUUCCUCUGCAAAGGCCGGCAGCACCUCCUCCUGCCACCGACGCACCAAACAGACCACCCUGACCGAGAUGUUCCCGAGCAGCUGAGAGCCUCCUGCUCCUCCUGCUCCUCUUCCUCCUCUUCCUCCUCCUGCUCCUCCUCCACAGACUGAAUCAGAUGCUGAUCUGUUUCUGUGAAACAUGAUCAAGACCUGGACUCUGGAUUUGAACCUUCACCCUGGACCCUCGUCCAGGACUCUGCAUGGUGUGUUUGAAGCACCACGAGGAAACAAGUUUGUUUGUGUUUUAGUUUUGGAAUUUUUGAAAUAAAGAUACAUUUC